GUUUAAAAACUAGAUCGCCCUCUUUCUCCUUCCCUCCCUCCCUCCCUCCAUCUUGGAAGUUGUAGUUGCGCUCGGGGAGAUGCAGGGAGGAUUUCUGAUGCAGCCAAACAGAGGAAAAGGGUCGGAGGGAUCUUCUAAGUAAAGCAGAUCUUGAAGGGUUCCUGUAUGACUCUUCAAGAGUCGCGAUAGACUGCUUUACAGAUACCUAUAUGAAAACAUCGAGCCCAUGGGAUGCACCGAGAUUUCCCUGCUGUGGCAUGUAGACUGCUUUGACUAGAGGGCACAGUAUUCAGGCCCCGUCAGCGCAGACGUGAAAGCGUCGGCACGAGGGAGAAUUGAGAGCCGCCCUAAUUUCACAGCUCCAGUGAAACAGCAGUAGUCUUGGGAAGCCAUGGGGUGAAAUGGGAUAGAUCAACGGUAACUAUCCCUUUAUGGCUGUUAAUGCCAGGGAGGUCAGAGGGGCCAAGUAGGCAGAGGAAACGUAUCUGCUGUCCAGUUCUUUAGCACCCUUCCCUCCUCUCCCUGUUCCUCCACACCUCCCCCCACCCACAGCUGGUGUCCGUUUGCUCCACCUCCACCCAAAGCUGUCUGAGAAGCAAGUAUGGCUGACCAUGCUGCCGUUGUGGCGGCCAUGUGCACGAGCCUACAGUGCAUCAUCGAGUAUCGCGACUCUGCGGAGGAGCUGUUCCAGGGGCGUUUGAGGUGCCGUACGGCAGCCGUCGAAGCCUUGGAGCAACACCUCAAAACAGUUGGAGCGGCGGAGGAGGCGGUGGUGCGCUUAGAAAGAGACCGGCUCCGGGACCACAUGCGGAGCCUGACGCGGAUGCGCCGGAGAAUAUCCGCCGCGGUCAAGCAGGCCCGAGAGGCUGUUGCGGCCAUUGUGAUGGCCGAGCACCUCAACACGGACCUGUGCCUGACGCGCCGCUGGUCGCUGCCCCGCACCGAAGCCGUGUGGGCCUCCAUGAUCGAGCUAGACGAUUGGGACGACGCGCGUUUCCGCGGGAGUUUCCGGAUGUCACGGAAGACGUUUGACACCAUCGCUGACGAAAUUAGCCCGAUCAUCCAGAAGCAAAAUACGGUCAUGCGCCGGGCUGUCCCGGUCAAAAAGAGGCUAGCGCUGACGCUGUACAAAUUGGCGUUCAACUUGGGCUACCUUCCGCUCAGUACCACCUUCGGCGUCGGGAAAUCGACAGCCUGUGAAAUCUUCAGAGAAACGGUGCGAGCCCUGAACAAACUGUAUCUAGCUGAUGUCAUCAAGGUGGGUGAUGAGAAAAACAACAUCCAAGGCUUCUGUGAGCUUGGAUUCCCUCACGUAGGGGGUGCCCUCGACUCAUCGUAUGUAAGAAUCCUUGCACCGGAGGGGAGGGGACCAGAGUACUACAACCGGAAGUGCUUCUACAGCAUGGGUUUGCAGGCAGUGGUAGAUGCAAAUGGCAGGUUCAUGGAUGUGUACGCUUGCAUUUCUGGAAAAACUCCUGACGCGGCUAUGUUUUGGAAUUCACCGGUGGCAGAUAAGCUGGCCACAGGCACGUUCUUCACUGCCCCUCCCGAAACAGUUAACGGAGUCCCAGUGUCCCCUCUCAUCCUGGGCGACCCAGCUCUUUCGCUUCGACCUUGGCUCAUGGCACCGUACCGCGUUCCGCGAACGCCCAAAGAAAAAAACUUCAACUACUACCACAACAGGGCCAGACUCCCGGUGGAGAGAGCGUUUGGGCGACUGAAGUCACGGUGGUGCUCCCUUUACACGGUUCUGGAUGUCGAGGAAGACCUUGUGCCAGAUGUUAUCAUCGUGUGCUGCAUCCUUCACAACAUCUGCGAAUCGAGGGGGGACGUGAUCUUGGAAGAGAACCCUGACCUUCCUGGGCCGGAGGCUGAGAACGACGCCGUCCCCAUCGACCCCCAGAGGCCGCAGCCUGCCCCACCCCCGCUGAGUCCGUGCUCAGAAGCAGCAUUGCGUCGUGAAACGCGUGCGAUACGAGCAGCUAUAGCGGACUUCAUCUGGGACCAUUACCCACACGUUAUCCGUAGCUAAGUACCGUGUGUUACUGUGCAUGGCCAUGUAGGUGCUUUAUUUCCCCCACUCACCCAAAUGAAAUGCUUGCCUGUCUCCUCUAUGACCCAAAUAACCUUUUAGUAAAAUGUAUUGUGUAAUCCAUGUCAGAUGUGUUUUUUUGUCAAGAACAUAUGAGGGGAGCCUGUGUCUGCAAGAUCUUCAAAAGAGAAAAGUAACAGACAGAGCGGGAGGUUGUGGUGGGUUUGAAGACAGAAAACAUUGUAUCUUUG